AUGGGCAUUGCAACUGCUCUUGUGAUUCUUCUGGUGGCAGCUCCAGCGGUUCACGCGGUGGAUCACAUCGUUGGUGACAGCUCCGGAUGGUCAACUCUUGGCGACUAUGCAACUUGGGCUUCCGGAAAAACAUUUAAUGCGGGUGAUAGUCUUGUGUUCAAUUAUGAUGGGAGCCAUAAAGUGGAUGUAGUAAGCAAAGAUGGGUAUGAAAAUUGCGACUCAAGUAAUGUUUUGGAGUCCCAUCAAGGUGGAAGUACUACCAUAAAACUAAAAGACGCCGGUCCAAUGUACUUCAUAUGUCCUUCACUCGGCCAUUGUAGCGGUGGCAUGAAGCUUGCUAUCACUGUUGCAGCUAUUGUUACUAACACUCCACCUGCCUCUUCUUCUGGUGGCACCACCACUCCUUCCACUAAAUCGUAA